CCACUCUGGGUGACCGGGCGGAGAGAAAGCAUUGCCCAGAURUCGAUGGCAGCGAUGYUGGUGGGGUKCCCGUGGGACGCCCGUGCAUCGUCUACGACYCAGAGCCAGGCGGGAACCCAAAGUAGCAACAGCGCAAGCAACAAAUCAACACCAAAGGAUCGAUYAMUGGAUCCMGAGUUGUCGGCGGCGGUUCAGCAACUCUUCGAUCUCGAUGCAUCAAAUCGGCUCGUCCCGGGAAAGGACUAUGUCAUCGACGUUCAGGGUGCUUUCCGGAAAUCCUCUGGCGGCAACGGCACCGASGGAGCUAACGACGCCGCCCCGGGCCCGCUCUUCCGGUACGUCGAUCCAGCGGUCUUUCGGGAUCGCCCCACGUACCAGCUGUUUUUGGCUCUCCUGGACAACUACCAAUCGAACGUUUGCUCCCCGGAAGACGAUACCAAAGCAGAACAGGAGGAGGCCCAGGCCUUUCUGCGCGCUUGCAUGGCCACUCCCGCAAUGCAGUUCUGCUAUCGGUACUGCCGAUCCCGGCUAGCAGCCGAGGCUGCAGCGGCCGAAGUGGCGGGAGGCGAUGGCACCGCAAACACUCCGGCAGCAAAGAAGGUAUCCUUCGAUACSGAAGAAGACUUCCUUCGGCUCCUUUACAAGAUUUGGUUCCGAAUGUACAGUAGGAGCAAGGAGUGCGACGAAGACCACAACAAAAUAAAUGGAUCGUCCGGUUUCGAACACGUCUUUGUCGGAGAAACGAGGAACGGCAAGGUGAUCGGAUUCCACAACUGGAUACAGAUAUACUCGCAGGAGAAACUCGGCAACGUCGAUUACCGAGGGUCGAUUGCGAAGGGGAAAACGACGAGCAGCAAUACCAACUCGUCGCGGAUACUGACGUACAAUUUGCGAUGGAAUGGCGCGGAGAAAUACGUCGGAACCAGCUUCAUCGGUGUGUCYCCGGAAUUUGAGCUGGCUCUGUACACAAUGGUCUUCCUCGUCGGAAAGAAGGACAACAUUGUUCGGCUCAACCUGAGUCAAUCUUCCGCGGAGCRAUCGGAAAUCGCCGACCUCGAUGUCAAGUGCUUCAAAACGAAAGGAAAGGUAGGAAGCUCCUACGUGGAAUCGAUAGCGACUCUUUGAAUUUAGUACCGACAAAAACCAUUGUAACUACGCGAGAUCUACCAUCGAUCACCCUCCCCCCCCUCCYCCGACAGCCCCUGCAUGGAAUUGAGUACGAGUGGCACACAUAGGCUGAUGCAAUACAUACAAAAUGACUGC